CCAAUCCAAGAUGGCAGACAGGCCGUUUGAGCCGUGAUAGUACGGGAUUGUAGGAGUGCAAUUUCUAGGUGUGUCAUUCUAAAUAUUGAACUAGAAUGUCUCCCGAAUUCUUGACUAAAAUCUUGUACGAAUAUUCUGACAAUGUGAAACUACGUCCUCGCGUAUCGUGCGCUAGGUUUAGGUAACGUUAGUGCCGGGACAUAUGUAAAACGGUGAUCGAAUUGUGUUAUUCGGUGUGUCGUGUACGCGAUUUAUUCUGGUUUAAUGGUAAAUUAAAAUGUGGAAUAUGAUGUGCGACGUGAUGCCCACUAUAUCGGAAGACAGUAUCAGCCAGAGGAGUUCGCAGUUUUCUGGUGAAGAUGCGAAUUUCGAGCAGCUUAUGGUGUCGAUGCUGGAUGAGAGAGAUAAGUUGGUGGAGAGUCUCCGCGAGACGCAGGAGCGGCUCGGGGACUCGGAGCUCCGCCUUAAGGAGGUGGAGAAGGAGCGGGACUCGUUGCAUCGGCAGAUCGCAGCGAACUUGCCUCAGGAGUUUGCCACGCUCACGAAAGAGCUCAACCAGGCGCGGGAACAGCUGUUAGAGCGAGAGGAGGAGAUCUCAGAGCUCAAGGCGGAGAGAAACAACACCAGGCUACUACUCGAGCACCUAGAAUGCCUAGUGUCUCGCCACGAGCGCUCGUUGCGCAUGACCGUGGUCAAGCGGCAGGCGGCAGCCCAAUCAGGAGUCUCAUCAGAGGUCGAGGUCCUCAAGGCCCUCAAGAGUCUCUUCGAGCACCACAAGGCGUUGGACGAGAAGGUCCGGGAACGGUUACGAGUAGCGUUAGAAAGGAAUACAGCAUUAGAAGAAGAACUAGCGUUAACCAAAGAAGAACUGCAACAGUACAAAUCGGGUUCCGACUCGGAGCGGCCCAAGGAGAACGGUGCAGUCAGCACCGGCUCGCCAGAGCAGAACGGCGAGCAACUCCAAACUAAGGAGGGUAGCGUUAACGGAGAAGACAGGAAAACGACCGAGCUGCAAAACACGAUCUCCAAGCAGUCGGCAGAGUUGAGCUCGUGGCAGCGGCGCGUGGCGGAGUUGAACAACAAAGUCAGCGAGCUCGAGGAGCGGUUGGCCAAAGGAGAAAAGGAGCUGGCCAAGAAACAGGAGGAGUGCGUCAAGCUCACGCGGGACUUGCGGGAGAACGGCGCGCAGAAGGAGGACCAGGAGGAGCGGAUAGCGACCCUGGAGAAGAGGUACCUGAACGCGCAGCGCGAGUCCACGUCCCUGCACGACCUCAACGAGAAACUCGAGCAGGAGCUGCAGCACAAGCAGGCUCAGCUCAAGCUCCAAGAGGAGAAGAUCGCCGCCAUCGAAGAGAAGCUGGAGCUGUCGUCGCAGAAGCUGGCGCAGAUGUCCUCGCUGCCCGAGAUGGAGGAACAGCUCAAGGCGCGCAUGGAGGCGCUCAGCCAGGUUGGCAUUGCCCAGGAAAGGCACGGAUCAGCCGAAGACCGUAUCCAACGGUUAGAAGCUAGCGUUGAAGAGAAGAACGCAGAGCUGAUGAGGCUGAACCAACGGUUGAGGAUGAAUGAGGAGCACAACACGCGGCUCAGUGCUACGGUUGAUAAGCUGCUUUCUGAGUCUAAUGAUAGGUUACAAGUGCACCUCAAAGAGCGGAUGCACGCGCUAGACGAGAAGAACGGUCUGACGCAAGAGUUGGAGAAGACGAGGAAGUACGCCGAAGAACUAGUGGCGGAGAAGCAGGACAUCCUCAAGGAGCUGGCCAAGUGGCGCAUGGAGACUGAACAGCUGAAACGACAGAUGCUGCAACAAGAAAUAGCGUUCAACAUUCAGCAAACUGACGCCCUCACGAGAUCGCUCUCGCCGGGCGCGCCCCCGCAACCGCCGCCUCAAGCUCUUUUCCAAACUAAGUUGGAUGGGUCAUGGGAGAAGCUACAGCAAGCUCACGUACUAGCCAAUGUGCAACAGGGCUUCGAUGUAUCCAGCGACGCAGAGAACGACGAAUCUGACGGCGGUGUAGAAGGCGGGCAUACGGACGCCGCAGCCCUCGCGCUGAUGCUGCAAGAGCAGCUCGACGCCAUCAACACAGAGAUCCGGCUGAUACAGGAGGAGAAGCAGAGUACAGAGGCCAGGGCCGAGGAGCUUGAGUCCCGGCAGGUGGGCAGCUACGAGCACAUGAACGUGUUGUCGCGACGCGGUGACUCGCCCCCUCUCGCCGCUUCACCGUCGCGGCCACAUCUCGCGCCGAUACACAAAUAUCAUACGUUACAGUUGUGCGAGGACGGCGUUGCGGCAGAAGGGGCCGAGUCGCCGCUAACGGCGCGCUCGUUGCGGCUCGAGCGGGCGGCGCGUGCGCUGCACGCCGAGCGGGACCGACUGAGGACGCAUUAUCCCGCACCGUAUGACUCGCCACUAAAUGUCAGUGUUCCCAGCAGCUCGAGUCAAGAGUCCCUCGGCGGUCUCACGGCGUGGGGCGGUGCCUCGCCCGGCCUCCCUCGAGGGGUUGCGGCCGCGGCCUCGGCGGUUUCUAUAGCGUCGAUGCAUCAGCAGAAGAAACGCGGUAUCAAGAGUUCGUUGGGGAGGUUCUUUAGCAAAAAGGAGAAGGCCGGGAUGCCGAUGCAGCAAGGAGGCCAAUCGCGAUCGCUGUCGUCCGCAUCAUCGUUAGGAUUAUCGUCGUUAGCCGACGAUGCGCCGGAGGCAGCUCCCGCGCCUCUAGUACAAGAUUACGCUCGCAAUAAGGGCAAAGACCGCGACUACCGACACGAAUUACUAGGCGAAGCUAUGCGCGCAGGCACACCCUUCGCGCUAUGGAACGGGCCCACCGUGGUCGCGUGGCUCGAGUUAUGGGUGGGCAUGCCGGCCUGGUAUGUGGCUGCUUGUCGCGCUAAUGUAAAGAGCGGAGCCAUCAUGUCGGCUCUGUCUGAUCAGGAGAUACAGAGAGAAAUUGGCAUCAGCAACCCCCUACACCGGCUCAAACUACGACUCGCGAUCCAAGAGAUGGUGUCCCUCACAUCCCCGUCCGCGCCGAGAGGGACGGCAUGUGCGGCCUUGGCGUUCGGAGAUAUGAACCAUGAAUGGAUCGGCAACGUCUGGCUGCCGUCAUUAGGAUUACCUCAAUACCGCACGACGUUCAUGGAGUGUCUGGUGGACGCGAGGAUGCUCGAACACCUCACCAAGCGGGAUCUCCGCACGCAGCUCAAAAUGGUCGACAGCUUCCAUAGAACAUCCCUACACUUUGGCGUGGCGUGUCUCAAGCGCGUGGGCUACAGCGUGCGCGCGCUGGAGGAGCGGCGGCGCGCGGCCGAGCACUGCGCGCGCGACGUGCUCGUGUGGAGCAACGAGCGCCUGCAGCGCUGGCUGCUCUCCAUCAACCUGAAGGAAUACGCCAAUAACUUGGUGGAGAGCGGCGUGCACGGCGCGCUGAUUGCGCUCGACGACAACUUCGACGCCAACAGCAUGGCGCUCGCGCUACAGAUACCCACGCAGAACACGCAGGCGCGGCAAAUUCUCGAAGUAGAGUUCGCGAACCUUCUCCAAACCGGCACGGAGCGCGCGGCGCGCAUGCCCCACGACCACCAGGCCGCCUCCUGACACCACACCAUGAACUAGGCACC